AUGCAGGAGGGACUCGCAUCCACGGCAAACUCGAAUACAGACAAGCUGGACUCGUGUAAGGCCAACUCGAGUACGGACAUGUUGGACACGUUCACGACGAACUCGCGUACUGGCGAGCUCACGCUGGAUUUCAGUACGAAUGGGCAGGACGCUUCUACAGCCGACUCGAAUACGGACAAAAUGGUAUUUUGGCUUUUUCUGUUCCGAGCCCAUGCCUCGAGAUAA